AUGGCGGCACAACGGACACCUCCUGUGAUGCACGCACUGGCUAGGCCAUCUUGCUCACGAACACGGUCAUCCAGUGGUCUUUGUACGGCAACAACAUUAGCAUCAUGGAGCCAUGGUGGUGAUGGUGUGCUUUUGCUAGCCCAAUGGCGCAGCAGACCAGGACAAUCAGGUUUGUUAGAUUCGCACACACAUGGCCUGUUUGUUCAAAUGCUCCAGUGCAAACAUGGAUAUGUGUAUAGCUGUGGAAAUACAGGCGCCUUCUGCAACUGCCUUCUACCAGAAAGCAUGCGGCUUGAGUCAACUGAGACAAAGCAUCUUGCAGACUGUCAUUUCUCAGAUGGUUCCAACACCACCAGCAACGAUAACAUUGAUGAAGAUGACUUGGAAGACAAACACCUGCUUCCGACGUCUUCUGUUGGUGAAGACACAAUUGUAAAAGAAGUUCACAGAUGA